AUGGCGGCGGCCGGCCCGGGGCUCGGCCGCUUCCGAGGCUGCUUGGCCGGGGCGCUGCUGGGCGACUGCCUGGGCGCCGCCUUCGAGGGCCGGAGCGUGGUGAAGCUGCCCGAGCUGCUGCGCUUCCUGGGCGGCCUGGAGCCGGCGCCCGGCGCGGGGGAGCCGCUGGGCAGCGCCCGCAGAGAAACGCUGCCCUACACGGACGACACGGCCCUGGGCCGGGCGCUGCUGCGCUCCCUGCUCAACAGGCACGGCUUCGACGAGGCCGACAUGGCCAGGAGGUUUGCUGAGGAGUACAAGAAGGAACCCAACAGGGGAUAUGGGAUGGCCGUUGUCAACGUGUUUAAGAAGCUCCUGAGCCCCAAGUGCAGCGAUGUGUUUGAGCCAGCAAGAGCACAGUUUAAUGGAAAAGGCUCCUACGGAAACGGCGGUGCUAUGCGGGUGGCAGGCAUUGCUCUGGUGUAUUCCGAUGUCCAGGAUGUGAAGAAGUUUGCAAAGCUCAGUGCGGAGCUGACCCAUUCCAACUCCCUGGGCUACAACGGGGCCGUCCUGCAGGCGCUGGCCGUGCACCUGGCCCUGCAGGGAGAGCUCAGCAAGGAGAGCUUCCUCGAGCAGCUCAUUAGCCACAUGGAAGAUGUCGAAGCGGAUGAGAGGUCUCUUAGUGACGCCCGAGCGCUAGGGUUUGAGGAUUUACCAUUUUCAAGGCGCCUGAAGAAGAUAAAGGAAUUUUUGGAGCUCAGCAGUGUUCCCAAAGCAGAUGUGUUGUUUGAAUUAGGCAAUGGCAUUGCUGCUCUGCGCUCCGUGCCGACCGCCAUUUACUCCUUCUUGCGCUGUAUGGAAGCUGACCCCGAUAUUCCUGACCACUACAACCCCCUGCAGAGGACCAUCGUCUACUGCAUCUCUCUGGGAGGAGACACAGACACCAUCGCUACCAUGGCCGGGGCCAUUGCGGGCGCUUACUAUGGCGAGGAACAGAUACCCCCGAGCUGGGAGCAGAGCUGUGAAGCCUUCCAAGAGACAGAGAAGCUGGCAAGUAGCUUGUAUGAACUCUACUGCCAGCGGAUCUGAGCCCCCAAGGGGGUCUGCUUUCUGAAGGUAAAGCAGUGGUCACCUCUGCUUUCCUGCUCAGAACGUUUGGAGGGAGCUGCAGCUGGGGACGAGUCUGCAGCUGAGGAGAACGUCACUGAUGUGACCUGAGAGCGGGCGGCAGGAGCUGCCUUUGGAGACGUGGGACGUUCCCUUCGGUUGCGUUUUAGCUGGCAAGCGCACACAUGUGACGCCUUGGAUCGGAGUGAUUCUCCACUGACGUUUACAGCAGCUUCUUCAUAAUGUUUCUGCUUUGUCCUACUGUUGUGCCAUUCUGUCACUAUCACUAUCAUUACUGUGAUUCAGGUGGGUGUGUGAAUCCCCUGGCUUUCCUCUGCUUUCAUCUCCACGGCCUUCACUUCAGCUGUUAGUUUUUGCGGCUCUGAUAUGCUCUUAAAUGUCCCUCUUAAAACAGUCAUUACCGCUCAGCUGAGCUGCUGUACCUGGCUGUACCUGGGAGUGCAUCCUGGCCGGUGGUACCAGCUACCACCUACAUUAUGGACUAAGGAUGCGGGAAGACAGACCUCGUAGGAAGAUUCCUUCAUCGCCAGUCUUGCCAAAGAUUGGACAAAGGAUUUCUUUGCAUUUCUAGUGACAUUUUAAGAAAUGUCUUUAGUCCAUGUAGUUAGAAUCCCAGUUGGCUCCUUGUUGCUGUUGGAAGGAGACACCACUAAUUAAUGUUUUUUCUGUAUCCUUUACCAUCCAUUUGACAUCAUCCCGCUGGGUCACGUUUUGUGUUUCCUUACCUAGCUGACUUUCACACUGCUGCAGCUGUUCUUGACAUCUCCUUUUGUUUCCUAAUCCUUGCAUCCCGUGUUCUUAAUCCCAUCCUGUGUACAUCCAGAGCGCCAAGCGAGAUUUCUGUUUAAACCUGUGCAUGGAGAUUGGUUGUGAAAUCUAGUGUUCCAUAAGGGUAAACGAUCGAUUCUGCUGCUGUCAGUGACAAAAAUGACUUCAGGUGGAAACGAGAGUUGCCUUUCUCAGUUUUAAAACUCUCUGUACGUGGUAAGAAUCUUCUGAAAAUAAAGGGAAAGGCAGGUUUCAGUCAGGGGAGACUGUGUCAGAGUUUAAAAGAAUUUCCGCAUUUGAAACUGGGACAAGUGGCCUCGAAUUUCCCAGGAAAGCUGCCUCCACAGCUUUAAGUUGCAAUCUUUGCCUGGUGGAGCUGCUCAGAGGGAAUGACCUGAGCUCACGUACAGCCAGAAGCGUGUCUAAAAAGGAUUAUAAGGUCUCUAACAAGUAAAAACAGAAAGAAAGAGGCAAGCAGUCGUCAUAUGGAUGUGUUUAUGAAUUUGAACGUGACAGUGUGAUUCUCCAGAAUUUUUCCAGCACUUCUGUGGAACUGGGAAGCGAAUGUUCUGCCCUAGUGGAGUUCAGUGCCUGUCAACAUGAGCACUGUGUAUGUCAGGCUGCGUGCACGUGUAGGAAACCUGGUUGUAAUAGGGUCAUCCCAGGUUUUCUUACUCUUCUUCCUUCAAAUGCCAGUCUUCUGUGUGAUGCUUUAAUGGGUUUUCCUUGUACGUAUGGCUAUCUUGUCUUGCAAAUGUGGAAUUAGGAUCUGUCCUAUGUUUCUGGGUUGUGCUGCAGAUCUAUAUUGUAAAAUGUCAUUUUCAAAUUGCUUUGCCAGAGAUGUCAAUGCUUUUAACAGUUAUUUAAAAGAAGAAAAUCUCCUU